GAAACAUGGGGGGUGCGGACAGGGCCAGAGAGCGAUCCUGAGAGAAGUGGGUCAGGGGGCCUCAGGGUUAGGAAAUGAAGAGGAAAAGAAUGUGUUUGGGGGCGUGAAAAGAAAUAAACGUAGAGGGCAUCUCGUAGAAAGAGGCGGAGGCUUGGGGUGGGGUUCUGCAUAUGGGAUCUGGACCUAAGGGAAGCGGAUUCCGGAAGGUUGGGGAUUCGGGCCAGGGGAGGGGGUGGCAGGGAAGGCCGGGAAGACAAAUGGGCAGAGGGAAGUAAAACUGGCCUGUGCGGCCACAGGAGAAGAAGACUCGCCGAAGGGCCGGGGAAGAGAUGCCCAGGGCUGAGGGAUCGGCAGGGGAUCAGGAUCGGCAGGGGAUCAGGAUCCCUUCACAGUAGAGGCAGGAACCGCGGGCAUCCGGGUCCCGGCUCCGGAAAGAAGGCUGGGCCGAGAGAAGAGCCAGAGCUUCUUCAUAAGCCCCCAGAGCCUGGUGGCUGCCAUCCGAUUUCCAAUAAGAAGGGGAAGGCCAGGCUGGGGUAAAAGAGGAUGGAGGGGAAAGGGCCCAUCCUUCCUUCUCACCCUCCCCUCGGCGCCCGCGGGGAGACCAGCGCUGACUCAGUCCGAGUAGCUAGAGCCGGACUGCGCAGACUCCAGGAUUCCCGCGCCCGGCGCGUCGGGAACGCGGCACAAACUCCUAGACUGACGCCAUCCCUCCCCGCCCGGUUCUUGGGUUCAGAGGCCAAGGCAGGGGACUCUCCAAGAACUGUACGGGGGACGCGAACUGGUGGCGAAUGACAGGAAAGAUGGUCAGGGCCAAGUGGGAGUGGGGCAGCUCUGGCCCCUCCAAGGAUUUGCCACCCCAGUCUUCCAAAACUUGCAAGUUGUACUCCAGCAGAUUGUGCCCCAAGGUUUGUUCUGGAAGGAUGGCAUGACCCAGGAUGCGAUGACACAGAAGAUGGAGCACAUCAGCAGACCCCACCCCCAAGAUCCAUGUCUGAGAGACGGGCAGGCAGCCUUUCCCACCAGAAGCACUGGAGUGAGGGGCAAGCAAGAGGAGAAACUUCGACUCCUAUUCCCCAAGAGCCCAGUGGCCAAGGUGACCAGGGAUCAGUGCGUUACCUCCAAAGCAGUUUCGAAGGCCCUGAAACGAGAGGCGGCCACCCCUGUCAAGGCUGUUUGUUUGAUCGCAGACUCUGCUCUCACCUGGAAGUCUGCAUUCAGGAUGGCUUGUUUGGACAGUGCCAGGUGGGAGUGGGGCAGGCCCGGCCCCUUUUGCAAGUCACCUCCCCAGUUCUUCAACGCUUACAAGGUGUGCUUCGACAGCUCAUGUCCCAAGGAUUGUCCUGGCACGAUGACCUCACCCAGUAUGUGAUCUCCCAGGAGAUGGAACGCAUCCCCAGGCUUCGCCCCACGGAGCCCCAUCCAAGGGACAGAUCUGGCUUGGUGCCCAGGAGACCGGGUCCCACGGGGGAGCUGCUUUUACAAGGCAUCCCCACUGGCUCCGCCCCUGUUGCCCAGCACCGGCUUCCUCGACCUCCAGUGGGCGGGGGUGGAGCUGGGGCGGGCUCCCCCCUGUCCCCUCUGCAGGCUGAGCUGUUGCCCCCUCUCUUGGAGCAUCUGCUGCUGCCCCCGCAGCCCCCUCACCCUGCCCUGAGUUAUGAACCUGCCCUGCUGCAGCCCUACCUGUUCCAUCAGUUUGGCUCCCGUGAUGGCUCCCGGGGUUCCGAGAGUUCCCCAGGGAUGGUCAGUGUCGGCCCCCUGCCCAAGGCCGAACCCCCUGCCCUUUUCAGCAGAACUGCCUCCAAGGGCAUGUUUGGGGCUCACCCUGGCCACUCCUAUGGGGACCCUCCAGGGCCUUCACCUGCUCAGCUUUUCCAGGAGUCAGGGCUGCUCUACCUGGCCCAGGAGUCGCCAGUGCCCAGCAGGGCCAGGGCACCAAGGCUGCCAGAGCAAGGGGGCAGCAGCCGGGCAGAGGACUCCUCAGAGGGCUAUGAGGAGGAUGGACUGGAGGGUCACGGGGAGAGGCCUCCUUCCCCAGCAGAGCAGCCAGAUGUGACUCUGCAGAGGCUGGCAGCUGUGCUGGCAGGCUAUGGGGUGGAGCUGCGUCAGCUGACCCCUGAGCAGCUCUCCACCCUCUCGACUCUGCUGCAGCUCCUGCCCAAGGGCUCAGGACGAAAUCUGGGAGGGCUUCUAAACGUUGGAGCUGACAUCAAGAAAACAAUGGAGGAGCAGGUGCAGGGUGGAGACACGGCGGAGCCUCCGCCCCCCACGCCCUCCCUGCCUGGAUACCCCACUGCCAGCCCCGCCUCCGAUAAAGCCCAGCAGGUGCCUACCUCUGGAUCCUCUGAGCCCCUCAAAGCUGCUGUCCCCCCUGCCACACCUGUCCUGCUGGAGAAGAAAAGUCCACUGGGCCACAGCCAGCCCACGGUGGCAGGGCAGCCCUCAGCUCGGCCGUCAGCGGAGGAGUAUGGCUACAUUGUCACGGACCAGAAGCCCCUGAGUCUGGCUGCAGGAGUGAAGCUGCUGGAGAUCCUGGCUGAGCAUGUGCACGUGUCCUCAGGCAGCUUCAUCAACAUCAGUGUGGUGGGACCAGCCCUCACCUUCCGCAUCCGGCACAAUGAUCAGAACCUGUCUUUGGCUGAUGUGGCCCAGCAAGCUGGGCUGAUGAAGUCUGAACUAGAAGCACAGACAGGACUCCAGAUCUUGCAGACAGGAGUGGGACAGAGGGAGGAGGCGGCUGCAGCCCCUCCCCGAGCGGCCCACAGCACCUCUCCCAUGCGCUCCGUGCUGCUCACUCUGGUGGCCCUGGCGGGUGUGGCCGGGCUGCUAGUGGCUCUGGCAGUGGCUCUGUGUGUGCGGCAGCAGGCACGGCAGCGGGACAAAGAGCGCCUGGCAGCCCUGGGACCUGAGGGGGCCCACGGAGACACUACCUUUGAGUACCAGGACCUGUGCCGCCAGCACAUGGCCACAAAGUCCCUGUUCACCCGGGCAGAGGGUCCGCCCGAGCCUUCUCGGGUGAGCAGCGUGUCCUCCCAGUUCAGCGAUGCGGCCCAGGCCAGCCCCAGCUCCCACAGCAGCACGCCGUCCUGGUGCGAGGAGCCCGCCCAGGCCAACAUGGACAUCUCCACGGGACACAUGAUUCUGGCGUACAUGGAGGACCACCUGCGGAACCGGGACCGCCUGGCCAAGGAGUGGCAGGCCCUGUGUGCCUACCAGGCCGAGCCCAACACCUGUGCCACCGCCCAGGGGGAGGGCAACAUCAAAAAGAACCGCCACCCCAACUUCCUGCCCUAUGACCACGCUCGCAUCAAGCUGAAGGUGGAGAGCAGCCCUUCUCGGAGCGAUUACAUCAACGCCAGCCCCAUCAUUGAGCAUGACCCUCGGAUGCCAGCCUACAUAGCCACGCAGGGCCCGCUGUCCCAUACCAUCGCAGACUUCUGGCAGAUGGUGUGGGAGAGUGGCUGCACCGUUAUCGUCAUGCUGACCCCACUGGUGGAGGAUGGCGUCAAGCAGUGUGACCGCUACUGGCCAGAUGAGGGCUCCUCCCUGUACCACGUAUAUGAGGUGAACCUGGUGUCGGAGCACAUCUGGUGCGAGGACUUCCUGGUGCGGAGCUUCUACCUGAAGAACGUGCAGACCCAGGAGACGCGCACGCUCACGCAGUUCCACUUCCUCAGCUGGCCGGCAGAGGGCACUCCGGCCUCCACGCGGCCGCUGCUCGACUUCCGCAGGAAGGUGAACAAGUGUUACCGGGGCCGUUCUUGCCCCAUCAUUGUGCACUGCAGUGACGGGGCAGGAAGAACUGGCACCUACAUCCUCAUUGACAUGGUACUGAACCGCAUGGCAAAAGGAGUGAAGGAGAUUGACAUCGCUGCCACCCUGGAGCAUGUCCGUGACCAGCGGCCUGGCCUCGUCCGCUCUAAGGACCAGUUUGAAUUUGCCCUGACAGCUGUCGCGGAGGAGGUGAACGCCAUCCUCAAGGCCCUGCCCCAGUGAGAGGCCUGGGGCCCCUCUGUGGCCGUCCCAGCCUCUGCUCCCUCUUUGCCUGUGUGAGCAUCUGUCUGUGUACCCACUCCUCACUCCCCCACCCGCCACCGUGGCCCCUCUUGGGCAUGUCCAGCCCUUCCGAGAGGAGUGUGUAAGGAAGGGGAAGUGGGAAGGGGCAGACCUGCCCAGCCUCUCGCAUGCCGGGGCCAGACAUCCCACGGGGGAGCUGGCAGCUGGCCAGGAGGAGAGGAAAGUUACUGGCAGCAAUUCCACCCAGAGCCUUCUCCCGCCUGAGUUCCCUGGCCCCCAUCUCCCGCCGUUCUGGAUGCUCCCAAUAUGUCCGUGUGGACGCCCCCAUCCUCCAGUGUGGACAGAACAGGGUGGAGGGGCCGCCACACCCAGCUCUUGCUGCUUUCUGGGCCCCCGCUGCCCACUGUCCUGCCUCCGUGACCCACACUCUGGUCCCUGCCGUUCCUGCCCCCUGGCAGGCCUCCUCCCCCUGCCUCCCACCUCGUGUCACUCAACUCUCUCCCUCUGGCGCAAGAGAACAUUUCUAGAAAAAUCUACUUUUGUAUCAAUGUGAAUAAAGUAAGUGUGUCGUGUGUGCAGCUGCAACGCAGA